AUGGCAGCUUUCCGAGUCGAGCUAUCCUUGACCUCUUGGGAAAAGGACAUGAUCCGUGACACAAAUGAUGUUUUCUCUGAAGAACUCAGCCUGGUUUCCCCUCAUGCAUUAUCACCCGUUAGCAAAGACUGGAUCCGAAAUAACUGGAGCUGGGCCACCUAUGUUCAGCUUAAAAUACAAGAAUCAAUUCUUGACUUGGACGAUGAAGAAAAAUCGAUACAUCAGAUGAACCCAGUUCGAACAUGGGAAAUUCUCAAAAACAAGCUUUCUUCACGAACUCCACCAAACACACUGUUGGAUCACUACAGCUGCCACUCUAGACUGAGGCAGUUGCUCGAUGCUAAUAGCGACCUACCGUCGCUCAUUUCUCAACCAGGCUUUCGCGACAUCCUCCCGGAUUACAUCCAUUUCGCAAAUGAAGACGAAGGAGAUUGGCAAGCUGUUUGGAACUUCUCUACAUUCAUCAAAGAUAACCAUCCUAGACUGCAUGGUCUUCACAUUUCCAUUCCCGAUCUGCGAAACCUGGAACAGCUAUGUUCUAGAAUUAGUCCUCUAGAGGAUGAUGUGGAAGUAGGUGAUACCAGCGAAACAGAAAGCUGUCGGAAUAUAGAGGCUGGUAACCAGAGUGUUCUCUGUGAAUAUCCUGCCUUUGAGAUUUAUUUCAUGGUUCGCACCGUCGCUUCAUAUUGUCGCCAAUCGCAAGUGGAGUUACCUAAAGAAUUGGCGCAAUUGCAUGGAGAUUCGAAUAGUAUCUUAAAUGACUUAGAAUUCAUUCCGAUGUCGGAGUUAAUUAUCGAUGGCGAUCUAGCUCAGAAUCCGGUAACAUCAUGGCGGCCCAGUAAGGCCUGCUCAUGGGAUCAUCAUCUUUUUACCGAAGAAGAAGUGUUGAAGUUCUGUUGUGAGGCUAACUUUGAGUUCCCGGGAUACCGUGGAAAAAAUGGCAUUGUUUUCGAAGCAACAGAAUUAAGCGAGAGCGAUUUAUGCAAGACUAGAGAAGAUCUAUAUGUUGCCUGGAACGACUGCGGCUUUACGUUCGAUCCAGCAACCAAACGGACCUACUUGCUACAAACCAGACCGGGAAUUAUAUUUCGUGAGCUCCAGAAACGGUUCAGUCUGGAUGCUGCGCGCAAGUAUUUCCGGUCAGUCAUCGAUCAACAACGACUGAAUAGACACGAAACGUUUGAGAGUGUUUUGGAUGACAUGCAGCUUCAAAACUCCAAGAUUCAGGCCUAUGGUGGCUUGGUGGACCUCAUACCGUUCCGCGAGAUCAGCUUAACAGGGGAAACAGACGAUACUGGGCAUAGUGGAGCCAUUCCGUUUGGCUCGUGGCAUGUUCCGCAAGGGGCAAGACUCCAUAGAGUCGACAGCGAAGUCAUCCCCGUUGCCCUUAAGCUGAUUUGGCGACCUGGAGAUCCAAAUCUUGAACUUCUCAAACGAGAGCAGCUGGCUAGCAGCAUUACUACCUUCACAGACUCUCCCAUAGCUUCUAUCCGACUCGAUGGACUAACAAUCAACCCCGAAUCCAGGGAGAUUUUCCUUGUUUUUGAGAGAGCGAGAAGCGUACCACUGUUCCUCGAAGCAGCCCUUGUUAAUACGGGGACAGAUUGGGAUCUAAUAUCAGAGCUUCUGAGAGACGCUGCUGAUAGCCUUGACGUGAUACAUAAGCGUGGAUACUUGCAUCGUGAUAUACAUAUGGGAAACGUUCUAAUUCAUGACGUUCCUUGUCCUAAUGAUCCGUUUGAUUCCUCCUAUACCGAACUUGUCAUUAUUGACCUCGGGCAGGGUCAGGAUCUCUCGAAUAGUGCCUGGGUAACAUCAAACUACUACGGAAAUCACGAUUAUUGGGCCCCAGAAGUUAUUAAGGGUCGCCAGUAUAGCGAGAAGUCUGACGUCUUUGCCGUCGGGCAUCUGAUGAUAGAAAUACUCAGUAUCAGAUGCCGGAAAGCCAAAAAUGAAAAAGUCCCUAAAGUUCUUUGGGACUUGAUUGCGACAUGUUAUCGGAAGGAUCCUGAUCAGAGACCAAAGGCUCACGAGCUCGCUACUCAAGCUCAACAGCUACGCGACGAGUUCUUUGUGGUACCAGAGAGCAGAAGUACGGCGAUGAGAGGCGAAGUAGUCUUGAACGGUCCAUAUGUGGAUUUUCCACUUGCAUUUGAUGAAUGGAGACAAAGCCUCAAUGAGAAUGAUAAAGACGAGUUGGGUGAUUUAGUUCCUAAUUUUUAA